AACUUAAUGUUAUUAACAAUUCUCUCCAAAGGAAAUAUUGACGUGAAAACAAAUAGCAAUUUAUUGACUGAUUUCGCGAAUGUAUUGUCGAUGACCGGCAAUAAUAUAGUGAGCGCCGACGUGCCGGCGGCCAUGAGAUCUCUCGCCAAAUCCAUUAAAGAGCCACAAGUUUUCAAACAAAUGACUCCCGAAGAGGCUCUUCAAUGGCUUGAGAAUAAUACUGAAGAGUCGGGACAACUGUACAAAGAGUUUAUUAAAAACUUUGGCUUUAGAGGGUAUAAGGAGUGGGACAUUAUGUCGAUCACUUGGUCCGGCAAUAAGCAGAUGUUAGUGACAACCCUUCAGAUGAUGGUUCCGUUGAAAGAGAAUUCAAAUCAAGUGAUUCUAACAAAAGAUGAACUCAUUUCUCGAAUCAAGACUCCGAUCACAAGAAAUCAAAAAUAUUUGCUCAAGAAUUGGAUACUCCCGGCCUGUCAGAGGUCGGUGGCCGACAGGGAGGAGUCAAAGCUGUUUGAUAUCAAAUGUGUGGAUAAAUUCAGACAAUUGUUGAAUAAAAUGGGAGAAAUGAUGAGCUAUAGGGAGGGGCGACUCCCAGAACCAGAUCUGGUAUUCUUCUUGACUUUACACGAGUUGAAUGUUUUGACUCAAACCCGAGACCCGAAGAUUGUUAUGAAAGCAAAACAGAGGAAAAAGAUUUAUCCGAAACUCGAUAAAUAUAUUUACGACGAGAUGUCUAUCGGCCCUAACAUUAAACCCAGAAAUUUUGUCGACAAGAAACUUGAGGCCGAGAAGUACCUGAACGGCGAGAAUGACAUAUUGAAAGGAACUCCUGUCUGCACCGGUAGUAUCAAAGCCAAAGCAUGUGUUUGCAAAUGUUUCGAAGACGCUAAGAAUUUAGAGUCCGGGGACAUUUUAAUAACUUAUAGUACGGACAUCGGUUGGAGUCCAUACCUACCAAUGAUCGGUGGGAUUAUAACAGAAAUCGGUGGACUUGUAUCACACGGAGCAGUGAUUGCCCGGGAAUACGGUAUACCCUGUUUGGUGGGCGUAGAGAAUGCCUGUCAUUCCAUAACUAAUGGUCAGACUAUUCUUCUGGACGCAGACAACGGAUGUGUUGUCUUAAUGACAGCUCAAGACAAUUGACUUUUAUAUGAAAUCUUAUGAACACAAUUUUAACUGCAAUUUUACUCAUUCAUUGAAAUAAAAUAUAUUUUUAUUACA